AUGGAGAUUUUAGCGGCAACCAGAAAUAAUUCGGGAGCGUCCUCUUUCAACGCUAACCAUCCUACUGAGUGGAGCUUGGAAAGCUUCCUUCAACAUCACCCAGCUAAAUUUAGUGGAAAGUGCCUCCCUGACGAGGCAGAUCAGUGGUUGCGGGAUAUGGAGAUAAUCUACAACGCCAAGAGAUGCCCGGACGAGAACAGGUUGGCGUUCACAGAAUAUCUACUGACCGGGGAAGCAGGCCACUGGUGGGCGAGCACGAGAGCUAUCUUAACGGACGCCCAAAAUCCCAUCACAUGGGAAGUAUUCCAGAGCAAAUUUUAUGAAGAAUACUUCCCUGACAGCGUCCGUUUUGCAAAGGAGGUGGAAUUUCUUCAGCUGGUACAAGGUGGUAUGUCUGUCUCGGAGUACACCAAUAGAUUUAAACACCUUGUCCGUUUCAAUACGAUGGCCACCAGUGAAGAGUGGCAGUGUAGGAAGUUUGAGAACGGUCUACGGAGUGAUCUGAAGGUCUUGAUCUCCAGUUUAUGCAUCUGGUCGUUUCCUGCUAUGGUUGAGAGAGCCAAGGUAUUAGAGAAGAAUAUGGUAGAAGUGGAACGACACAAGAAUCAACAACAGGUAGCUAGGGGGCCAAUCGUAUCAAGAGGAAACGUUAAUGAGAGGAGAACCCCUUACGCUCGUCCAAAUCAACCAUCUAAUGCAAGCGGGUCUCAAGCAUUGGUUCCUACCGAACAAUCUGGGCAGCACGGAAACGUUACUUGUUUCCAGUGUGGAGGACCACACUACCGUUCAUCAUGUCCUCAACUGGUGGGAGGAAAACACUACUCUCGUUGUGGGAGGAAUGGGCACUUGGAGAACGAGUGCAACAUGGGUGGACGUGCUGUGAUGAGGCCACCAAAUGCUGGCAGGAAUCAGUCGAGAGGUGGUGGUAGAGCCCAAGCUAUUGGACGUGUAUAUGCUCUGACUGGUACGGAGGCAGCAAGCUCAGGUAAUCUCAUAUUCGGUGAAUGCUUGCUGUUUGGUAAAUGA